AUGCAAGAGCAGCAAUUCGCAGCAAACGCUGAGCAGCUCCAAAAUGAUUUCACUGCACAGAACAGGAGAAUUCUGGCACUGAGAGAUGAGGAGCGUGACACUUUGGCGAGGCUCAGUAGCCUGCAACAUGCAGAAGUCGAACAAGUGCUGAGACUGGAGACUCUCCAGGCAGACGAACAACAUAGGCAAAGCGAAAUCGCAGAGCUGGAGCAGAGGCGCGCAAACCUUGGGGAGGAAAUUCGACUAGAUCUGCUUGCUACUAGUGAGAACGGACAAGCGGGCAUCGCUAGCCAGGAAAGGGGGAUGCCUGACCCCGAUGCAUCUUUGCGCCAGGAGGAGGCACCUCAGGUGGAACAGCUGGUGGCAGAGGAGGGAAGACUGCAAGCUCUGGUGGCUGACCUCACAUUGCAAGUCGGCCGACUCAAUGACGACAGGCAGCGCCAGGUUUCAUCUAUGGCAGCGGUGGAAACACAGCACAUAUCUGCAAUCGAGGGGCUCGUUGCUCAAGAGUCAGCACUGCGAAGCAAAAUUGAACAGCUGGAGGCGAUAUUGCAACAGCUCCAAGCUAGGCUUCAUGAGACGGCGGCGAGCGAGAAAGACGCUAGUGAGGGGGAGUGUUCUUCAGUGGACAGUGGUGUCCAGCCUCCGUCGCCGCCGGCGCUAGGCACCCACGUGGCCCAGAUAGCAAGGAGUGAUGACUGCGACGAAACUGAAGAGAGUAGAGCUGCAAGCGGGCAACAGACCGGGCUUGCUUUGGAGCACAUGGUGUGGGAAGCUUUGCACUCGGAUGAUGAGGUUUCAAAUGCAUCAAAUGCCACAGGGGAUGCAGGAGAUCGACGAUCAUCCACGGCAUCUGUGUCCGCUACCGAGCAGCUGAUGGAAACCUCGGAGGUGCAACAGGACAGCGAACAGGUAAGAUACUCGUUUCAUGGCAGCCAAGCCUGGCCUGACAAGUUGUAG